UCCAGAUCCAGGCAUCCAGCCAUCUCUGCCGCCGCCGCCGCCGCCGCCGCCGGUGUGGUCCUGAUGCUGGCUCCACCCAGCCGACACUUUCUCACCUCAUCUGGCGGCAUCACGGACAUUUUAUUCUGGAUCUGGAUUCAUUGGCAAGUUGUGAGCUGUUGCUGGUAUUUGGCCAGAGUCACCGAGCUUCAGUGAUGAUGGAUACACACCCCCUCCUCCAAGAUGGAAGGGGACCUGUCAAUCUGGCAAGUCCUUCAGCUCCAAGAGCUGCAACAACAAGAUCAUCGGUGCGCGGUGGUACGCUGAUGUUGUGAACGAAUCCCAACUAGUAGGUGAAUAUUUGUCUCCCAGAGACCUCAACGGCCAUGGCACCCAUGUGGCCUCGAUAGCAGCAGGCAACAUUGUCCACAACAUCAGCUUCCAUGGACUGGCAUCCGGUGUUGCACGCGGCGGCGCGCCAAGAGCCCGCAUCGCAGUGUACAAGGCUUGCUGGAGCCUUGAAGCGCCACCAGCCGAUGCCACAUGCAGUUAGGCAGCGGUCAUGAAAGCAAUAGAUGAUGCCAUCCAUGACGGCGUCGACGUCUUAUCGCUGUCCAUAGUCAACCUGUUGGGGCACCUCCCUGCGUUUCAUGCGGUGGCAAAGGGUAUACCGGUGGUAUAUGCAGCUGGGAAUUUUGGACCGUAUGCCCAGAUGGUGGGUAACGUAGCUCUGUGGCUGCUUACGGUUGCAGCAUCAACGGUGGAUCGGUUGUUUCCUAUUACUAUCACUCUUGGAAAUGGCCAGACACUUGUGGGACAAUCCUUGUUUGCCGAUAUGGAAAGAGCGAAUCAGUUUCAGAAGAUCAAGCUCUAUAUGAAUGGCAUGUGUAACUUGACUCUUGCAAACAGUACAGAUGUGAAGGGGAAUAUUGUCCUUUGCUUCAGUAUAACCUCUGUUUUCCCGGUUGCUCAACUGUAUGGGUUAGCAACUGCAGUGAUCAAGAACGGAGGAGAGGGUUUUAUCUUCACGCAGCAAAAUUCGGACCUUCUUGUUGCCUGGCAGUUUCAUGCCAUGUCCAUCCCAUGUGUUUCUAUUGAUUUAGAGGUUGCCUACAAGAUAAUUCAGUAUUUCAGUACCAGUCAGGAUCCGGUAGCAAAGGUUUCUUUAAGUCGAACAACAAUUGGAAGUGGAUUUCCUGCUCCAAAGAUUGCAGCUUUCUCAUCAAGGGGUCCAAGCUCCGUCUAUCCUGCAGUGCUCAAGCCUGACAUUGCUGCACCGGGGGUGAAUAUUUUAGCAGCAGCGCCACAGGUUGGUGUUUACAAGGAACUGGGGCUCUACUUCUUUGAUUCAGGGACAUCGAUGGCUUGCCCACAUGUAUCCGGCAUUAUAGCUGUGCUCAAGUCACUCCAUCCAGACUGGUCACCUGCUGCUUUCAAAUCAGCACUCAUGACAACUGCAUACAUUACAGACAACAAUUGUCUCCCAUUACUAGCUGAUGCAACCCCAAAUAAGAUUGCAGAUCCUUUUGAUUAUGGAGCUGGGUUUGUCAAUCCAACUCAGGCGAAUGAUCCUGGACUUAUAUACGAUUUUGAUGCUUCGGAUUACCAAAAGUUGUUCAGUUGCAUGCUUGGGUCAGAUACAAACAGUAGUUGUAUAGCAACUGAGAAAUCUUUGUUUGACCUGAAUCUCCCAUCAAUCGCCAUCCCCAAUCUCAAGUCAUCAGAAACGGUAUCAAGGACUGUCACCAAUGUGGGCCAAGCUGAUGCAGUGUAUAGAGCAUUUGUUGAGCCCCCUGCUGGAGUUGAUAUGCUGGUCAAACCCAUGGUUUUGGUGUUUGGCAAGGAUACAACCUCACAGUCUUUCAAGGUGAGCUUCAAGGCAAGACGAAAGAUCCAAGGCGAUUACUCAUUUGGUAAUUUGGUGUGGCACGAUGGAGGCAGCCACUGGGUCCGAAUCCCGAUAGCGGUCCGUGUUAUCAUUGAAGAUCUCUAUUCAACUGUCUCCUAAACUAUACGUGUGGUGGUAAAGGGUUAAGUUUGUAAGUAACGUAUAUAUGUAAUAAGUGAUGUGCUACCUGAUGUUACAUUUGUUGUCUGUCACAUCGAUAAUUUUACAAGAACAAAAUGCUCACGUAUCAUGAUAGCUGAGCUUCAUUUGAGGAAAUAAAAGCAGCUUUAAUUGUUA